AUGAUUUGCUCCACCAGGCAGACGAUGUCCCUCCUCCACCUGCUGCUGUUUCUGAGCGGCUUCUCUCUGGUUGCCCUGGGAACCUGGGUGGCGGUGGGCGGCGGCCCCUUCCUCCACCUGAUGGCGCCGUUCUCCAAUCAGCUGCUGCGCGUCGUCAACAUCGGCUACCUCUCCAUCGCCAUGGGAACCGUGCUGGUGCUGCUGGGAGCACUGAGAGGAUGUGCAGCUCACUGGGAGAGCAAGAGUCUGCUGCUGACUUUCUUCUCCAUCAUCUUCAUCAUCUUCAUCUGUGAGACGGCGGCUGGAGUCGUGGCUCUGGCCUAUUCCUCCUUCGCUGAAGGCAUCCUCCAGGCCUGGGCGGUUCCCGCGCUGCAGAACGAGUACGGCAGCGAUCCGACCGUCACCGGCAUCUGGAACCACACCAUGGCAGAGUUGAAAUGUUGCGGUUUCUCCAACUAUACUGACUUCCUGGGGUCAGAGGUGGAGCAGAACGGGACCGGCCUCCCACCCAGCUGCUGCUCCACCAACAUCGCCCCCUGCAGCCCAGCGGAGGCGGCACGCUCACCUGUCCAGGGCUGCUUUGGUCCCAUCCUGAAGACCCUGAGAAAACACACCUGCGCUGUGGGAGGCGUGGCAGUAGGAGUGGGACUCCUGGAGAUCGCUGCCAUGAUCGUCUCCAUGUACCUGUUCUCUCACCUGGAUGAGAAAGUCAGCUGA